AUGGCAAAGAGAAAAUACUCGGAUGCGCCGUCGGCGUCAACCGACAGCAGUGAUGCCGAGUCAUCACGGGGGGAUAAAUUUGAGGUGCUGUCGACCAAUAGAGGUGAUGCCGAGUCGUCACUGGGGGCUGAAUACGAUGUGUUCCUGAAUUUCAGAGGGCCUGACACUCGCCUGAACUUCACCGACUACCUCUAUCACGCCAUGGACGGAGCUGGGAUUCGCGUUUUCAGAGACGACGAAGAGAUCAGAAAAGGCGAAGCUAUCAAAGGCGAGCUGGAGCGUGCGAUCAAGAGCUCCGCAAUAUGUAUUGCCAUCUUCUCUAGAAACUACGCGUCCAGUGCGUGGUGUCUUCGCGAGCUUGCAUACAUGGUGAAUUGCAAAGCGAAGAUCCUGCCGAUUUUCUUCGACGUCGAGCCGAAAGAUGUCAAGCUCAAAACCGAGCUAUACCAAGAAGAUCUGCAGAAGCACGAGGAGCAGCUCGGCAGUGAGGUCGUGCAGCGAUGGAAGGAUGCUCUAAUGGGGGUCGCUCGCAUCAAAGGAUGGGAUCUCAAAGAUACCGGUCAAGGCAAACUCAUUAAAUCCAUCGUUGCUGAAGUUUCGAACAAGCUGAACAAAGGGGACAAAAAGCUGCCGGAUAGUUUAGUUGGAAUCAAGGAUCCUGUAGAAGAUGUAAUGCACCUAAUAGAUGUAGGGAUUCGCCAUAUUGGGAAGAGAUUCUGUUGCAAGAAAGUCCUGAUUGUUCUCGAUGAUGUAGAUAAAAUGGACCAACUCUCAAAGCUCGCAGAUAAGCCCGAUUGGUUUGCUCCAGGGAGCAGAAUUAUUAUUACAAGUAGGGACACCACUUUUUUGCAAAAGGGAGAGGAGAAUCGAGAAAAUAAUGUCGAAACGCAUGCUAAAGAGUUUAUAAUCUAUGAAAUGAGAAAGUUGGGCAAUGUGCAUGCUCUUGAGCUUUUUUGUAAGCAUGCUUUUAGCAUGGAUUCCCCUCCACAUGACUAUGAUGAUAUUUCUCGCGAGAUUGCUCACAAAGCUGAUGGACUUCCUCUGGCUCUCGAAGUUAUCGGAUCCUCUCUUUAUCGUCAAAGUAAACGAUUUUGGAAAGAUACAUUGAAGAAAUUAAAUUCAGUUCCAAAUCAAAAAGUCUGUGACAAAUUGAAGAUUAGCUUGGAGAUGCUAGAGAAAGAACAGAGAGAAAUUUUUCUUGAUAUCGCAUGUCACUUUAUUGGUGAAAAAACAAUCUAUCCAUAUUAUAUGUGGAAAGCAUUGGAGUUUUACCCAGGAAGUAAUAUCAUUGCCCUUACUCGUAAGUCUUUGAUAAAGGUUGAUGAUUUUGAUAGACUGUUGAUGCAUGAUAUGCUCAGAGAUGUUGGGAGAGAAAUUGUUCAACAAGAAGACUUUAGAUUUCCUUGGAAGCGUAGUAGACUAUGGUAUCCCAAGAUUGCGUUUGAUGUGGUGCAGACUAGAAAGGGAACAGAUUUCAUCAUAGCACUCAAUCUAACUGGACUUUCUCAAGAGCACGACUUUACAAGUGAAGCGUUUUCAAGUCUGCCUAGCUUAAGGUUGUUGGAAUUAGAGGGAGGGAACUUGGCGAACAAUGACUUGAAAGUUAUAUAUCUCGUGAGAUGCCAUCUCUCGACAACUCCUGAUUUGUCAACGUGCUUGAAUUUGAAGAUACUGGUUUUCGAUGAACAUCGUCCAAAGUCGCUACAAUUUGGUGACUCUAUCCAUAAGCUAGAGCGCCUAAAGCGCUUGGAAAUAAUUCCAGCCCAAGUUCGACUGUCACUGCUACCCGCAAGCGUUCCUUUUCACCUGUUCCCAGUGCCCUCUACGAUAUGCUGUCUAAAGUAUCUAUCAAGUCUAAAGCUAGAGGGGCAGUGUAUACAAGAGCUUCAUCCGUCCAUUGGAGAGAUGGCGGGCUUGACGCACUUGUCUUUAAGGGGUUGUCAUUCGCUUGAAAAGCUUCCGGACUGCAUUGGGAGUUUGAGAUCUUUGCUCGAAUUGGAUUUGAUCCACACGGGAAUCAUAGCGUUACCUGAUUCUAUAGGAGAUCUCAAAAAGUUGGAGAAAAUGAAGCUGUCAUUCACUCAGAUAAGCGAGCUACCAAAUUCCAUUGGAGGGCUAGAAUCAUUGCUGGUGUUAUUCUUGCGGGAUACAAAGAUUAGCCAAUUGCCUGCUUCUACUGAAUACCUUAAGAGGCUUGAGUACUUAAAUCUGGCUAAUACUAUGAUAACGGAGCUACCGAAGGCCAUAGGAAAGCUGGAGAAUCUUGAACGUUUGGUAUACGAUGGCUGCAGAAAUAUCGCAGGGACGGGGGAGGCACUAGAAAUGGAGGAGUGGAAUCAAAGUGAAGAUACCAGAUGGCCUCCGAAGCUUCGGUUACUUAGCAUGUCUUGUGAUGAUCCUCAAUUUCUUACGAGGCUCCCUUGCAGUCUCCGUGCUUUGAAUCUGAAAGAUGUCAAGCCACAGAUAGAACAACCGCUCCACUCCAAAUUGCGAUACUUGACCGAUCUGACACUCACUAGGUGUUCGUGGAGAGACAUCGACUUUAAACAGCUAGAGAAUCUCCAAUCUUUGAGGGUGGAACAUUGCGAAUCGCUGGUGAGUCUGUCGCGUCUAUCAAGCUCAAGGAAGCUUCAGAAGCUUCAAGUGUGGUUUUGCUCGGAGCUGAUUGUGAUUCAAGGUUUGGCAGAAUUGGAAUCGCUGGAGGAGCUAGUCAUUGUGCAAUGCAACUCCAUAGAAUGGUUACCUGAUCUAUCAAAACUGCGUGAGUUGCGGAUAUUUUACCUCUUUGAGUGCGAAUCACUGCUAGAUUUACCCAGUGUCCCAAGCACAUGUCAGCCCCAUGUUCAUAUGUGCCCAAUGUUACCCGAAUCUCCAUACGAUUCCCCGGAUUGCAUAAUAUGUUGGAAACGGGCCAAUGGCUAUCUCCUGUAA